AUGGGCUCCUUCGACGUCUACUGUGCAUUUUGUAGCAGCUCAUUAAAUGGAGCGGCCAUUGGUACCGAAACCAAGAAAGACCGCGAAUUGCAGCGUCUAUUUUUUGGAGAGCGAAUGAAAAAGCUCGAAGCUAGGAGGUCCAGGGUUAAGUGCCCCAGUUUUUCAGUUGACCCGUUGAUACACAAUACUUCUGCUUUCGAUGUUGGCAUUGAACUACCGGACGAGCCCAGGAGAGAAUGCAAGUGGAAGAUGUAA